AUCCUUCUUUCUUUUCUCCAUCCCCCUGCUCACCUAAAUAAACCCCAUCUUGUCUUCUCCUCUUUUUUUCCACUCUUACUCUCCUUCCAUCCUACCAUCCUACCCACUCCUUACCAUGAAGUUCCUGAACACAAUCGCCCUCAUCGCCCUCGGCGCUAUUGCAAUCUCCUCUACCGCAGAGGCAGCUAUCUCGGCCGGCUGCAACACUUACCUCACCAACUUGGCCCAGCCCUCGAACCCUCUGUCCAACUGCCGUGUCUACACCGCCCUUGGCUUCCCUAAUUUGACCCAUACCGCCGACCACGACACUGUCAAGCUCGAGAAGGCGUUGACGACAUAUUGCGCGACCCCUGCCUGCACAUCAGAGCAGUAUGCGGGUGUGUACAAGGAUCUCCAGGCCAACUGUGCGGCCGAUAUGGUCGCAGAGAACCAACCAACCCUUGGUGCGACUAUGUAUAUGUGGUAUCUUUCUCCCGCACAGCGACAGGCGGUCUGUCUUCAGAACCCCACCAAGAACACGACCUGCGUGAUCGACUCGAUCAACGAGAUGAUCGCCCGUGCCCAGUUCCCUAACGAUAACAAGAAUGAGGAUGACCUCUACGGAUACCUCCAAUACGUGACCCCAAUGCUCUCGGCCAAGAGCACCAACGAGACCGGAUUCUGCACGGCCUGCAACCAGGAGGUCGCAAACAUUUUCUCAAAUUACUACACAAAGACACCCUCGCCCUUCAAUCUGAACUUUGCACAGCAGUUGAGCAGCAAGACCUUGAAUGAUGAUCUGCAGUACCAGUACAAGACCAGCUGCAAGGUCACCCUCGGCACUGAUCAGUCGGCCUUCAAGCCCACGAAUGUGACCACUCCUUCUGCUGGCAGCAAGGAUGGAAAGGAUACCAAGGACGGAAAGGACAGUGCGGCCGUGAAUGUUGGCUUCUCGUUGGCGGGCGUUGCUGCUGCGGCCAUUGCCGUUGCCGGAGCAUUGGCGCUUUAGAUAUUCAUCAUGUAGACGGACACUGGGCUUGUCCAAAAAUAAAAAAUGCAGUUACGCCCAU